UUACAAAACCGGUGAUAGUCGGUGAGAACAUCACGUAUAAAAUGGCCCAAAGUCCCAAACUAACCGCAUCUGUUCUGUUCUAAAAUUCCGCUUUCUGAUUCUGAUCAUUUUCCCAAACACUUUUGCUUGCAACGAUCUCUUUGUCAUUUUGCAGUCUCCCCCUCUCUGUUCCGUUGUUGAGUGUUACCAAGCAAUUGAACGAUGGGCACUUCUCAGAGCCGCGAGGGCAUCGACAUUACUGACUCAGACUCAGACCGACAUACCGAAGAAGAAGAAGAGGAGGAGGAAGAGGAAGAGGAAGAGGAAGAGCAAUACGACGAUGCUGUGGACCCUCAGAAGCCCCAAUUCUCCCCUUCGACCCAAGCCAAAUCCAAAUCCCUUGACGAUGUUGACGCCAAGCUCAAAGCCCUGAAGCUCAAGUACGGUACUUCUUCCUCUUCCCAAAACCUUCAUGCAAUUAAUUCUGUCAAGCUCUACCUCCACAUCGGCGGCAAUACCCCCAAAGCCAAAUGGAUCGUCUCCGACAAGUACGCAUCUUAUUCCUUUUUAAAAACCUCCAAAAUUGACGGCGAAGAAGACGACGAUGACUCGGACCGCAGUGCGGGACACUCCUGGUGGGUACUGAAAGUUGGGUCCAAGGUCUGGGCUAGGGUUUCGACGGAGGUGCAAUUGAAGCUGUUCGGCGAUCAACGCCGCGUCGAUUUCGUAUCCAACGGCGUGUGGGCCUUGAAGUUUCCCGCCGACGAGGCGUAUAGGAAAUUCGUCUCCGAAUUUCAGGAUUGUUUGUUUGAGAAUGUGCACGGGCUCAAAGCGACUGAAGAAAACAAGAUCAAGGUUUACGGGAAAGACUUCAUUGGGUGGCUGAAGCCCGAGGCGGCAGACGAUUCGAUGUGGGAGGAUGCAGACGAUGGCGGCUUGAAGAGUCCCGAGUCGGUGGCACCGGUCCGGGCGAGCCAGGACUUACUGGAGGAGUUUGAGGAGGCAGCCAAUGGCGGUGUGCAGAGCUUGAGUUUGGGGGCGUUGGAUAACAGCUUCUUGGUGAACGAUACCGGCGUGCAAGUUUACAGGAAUUUCGACCGUGGGAUUCAUGGGAAAGGUGUUUCUGUGAGAUUUGAUGGCAGGAGUUCGAGUUCAGGUCCCUUUUUGACCCCCAAAAAGGCGUUGCUGAUGAGGGCCGAGACGAAUAUGCUCCUUAUGAGUCCGUUGAAGGAAGGGAAGCCCAACGCCACGGGGCUUCAACAGCUUGAUAUUGAGACGGGCAAGAUAGUUACGGAGUGGAAGUUUGGGAAGGAUGGGGCUGACGUUACAAUGAGGGAUAUCACCAAUGAUACUAAGGGGUCGCAAUUGGAUCCGUCGGAGUCUACCUUUUUGGGAUUGGAUGAUAAUAGGUUAUGCCAGUGGGAUAUGCGUGACCGUGGAGGAAUGGUUCAGAACAUUGCGAUGUCGAAUUCACCUGUUUUGCAUUGGACGCAGGGGCAUCAGUUCUCGAGAGGGACGAAUUUUCAGUGCUUUGCGACGACCGGGGACGGGUCUAUUGUUGUAGGUUCUCUUGAUGGGAAGAUAAGGUUGUAUUCGAAGUCAUCGAUGAGGCAGGCCAAGACAGCUUUUCCAGGUCUCGGCUCACCGGUUACUAACGUUGACGUUACUUACGAUGGGAAGUGGAUUUUGGCCACGACUGACACCUAUUUGAUCCUUAUCUGCACUCUGUUUAACGACAAAGAUGGAAGGACAAAGACUGGAUUUAGCGGUCGAAUGGGGAAUAGGAUUCCUGCUCCAAGGUUGUUGAAGCUGACUCCUCUGGAUUCACAUUUGGCUGGGACAAAUAAUAAAUUUCACGGCGGCCAUUUCUCAUGGGUCACAGAAAAUGGUAAACAAGAGCGCCAUGCAGUUGCAACAGUGGGCAAAUUCAGUGUGGUGUGGGACUUCCAGCAGGUGAAGAACAGUGCUCAUGAGUGCUACCGGAGUCAGCAAGGCCUUAAAAGCUGUUAUUGUUACAAGAUUUUGUUGAAGGAUGAGUCCAUUGUUGAGAGUCGUUUCAUGCAUGAUAAGUUUGCCGUUAGUGAUUCUCCAGAAGCUCCACUGGUGGUGGCAACCCCUAUGAAAGUUAGCUCUAUCAGUCUCUCUGGCAAGAGACAACAUUGACAAAUAUUCUUUGUUUAUACAGUCGCGUUCAUUUGUUCUUGUCCAAGUUGUUUUUAUUUUUGGAUUUUUUUUAUUUUCUUUCUUUCAUCUCUCUCUGCCUCCCUUCUCCUGUAGUUGAUCUUGGUUUCUGCUUGUAUUUACACGAAUUCUUUUUACUUGUCUUCAGUCGAGUAUAAAUAAAAGUAGGAUGUUUGAACU